UCACUGUCAAGUAGAACUUGCUAGUCUUUGCAAACACUUAGCACUUCUUUGUGUCGAGCAAUAGAGAGAGUGCUAGAGAUUUGAAACUUUUUUUUUUUUUGGUUAGAAAACAGAAAAAGAGAUGGCUUUUUCUGCAGAUCAUUGGGCUUUUGCUUUUGGUGUCCUUGGUAACAUUGUUUCUUUCAUAGUAUUCCUUUCUCCACUGCCCACGUUUUACACUAUUUACAAGAAGAAAACAGCUGAAGGUUAUCAAUCAAUUCCAUACGUGGUUGCGCUCUUUAGUUCCAUGCUUUGGAUUUACUAUGCAUUUCUGAAGACCAAUGCUACCCUUCUCAUCACUAUAAACUCCUUUGGUGUCUUCAUUGAAACUAUCUACGUUAGUUUCUACCUCUUCUAUGCACCAAAAAAAUCUAGGGUCCAAACAAUAAAGAUGCUCCUAUUAUCAGUAGUGGGUGGAUUUGGUGCAAUUGUCCUCGUUACUCAGUUUCUAUUCAAGGGGGCCAUUCGUGGACAAGUGGCUGGAUGGAUUUGCCUUGUAUUUGCACUGUGUGUGUUUGUGGCACCCUUAGGCAUAGUGAGAAAAGUCAUCAAAACAAAGAGUGUCGAGUACAUGCCAUUACUCCUAUCAGUUUUUCUCACAUUAAGUGCUGUUAUGUGGUUUUUCUAUGGUCUUCUACUAAGGGACAUCAACAUUGCCGCUCCAAAUGUAUUGGGAUUUAUCUUCGGUAUACUUCAAAUGGUGCUCUAUGUGAUAUACAGCAAAAAGGAGAAAGCCAUCCUUAAGGAGCAAAAACUUCCAGAAAUACAAAAGCCUUCAGUAGUUGUAGUGGAUGAGAACACGAAUGAUAAGAAGUUUCCAGAACUUACACAAGAACAGAUUAUUGACAUAGUGAGGCUCGGUUUAAUGGUUUGCUCAGAAAAAGUACACGUAGCAUCGUGUCCUCAUGGUACUACAUGUGCAGCUAAAGUUGAGAACGAAGAACCUAAGCUUCAAACAGUUGAUGCCUAAGACAUGAGUAGAAGUUUGAGUUAGUUUUAGUCUAUCCUCAUUUAUCCGAAAUGUGUUUGUACACAAGUAGAAUCUUCGUAUGUGUAAGUUUUUUUUUUUUUUCUUUGCACUCAGAAAUCUAAAAUGGGUGUUGAUACUUAGAGAGGCUUGCUGGAUGUUGGGUUUUAUUUUAUAGCAAUGGAAGUAGUAACUCUUUUUCCCAA